UAGCUAAAGCAUGGAAAUCUCUACUCUCGCCACAUACCAUUGCCUUGCUUUCGUCUGGUACUUUUUUGUAGCCUAUUCCAUCGUAUACAUCAGAACAGAAGAGCGGCCAUCUGAAGUGUUCCUUUACGGUGGGCAGUGGAAAUAUUUGACAGUCCUCAAUCUGAUUUUGCAGGCCGUCUUCUAUGGGGUGUCCUUCCUGGCUGAUGUGUUGAGACUAAUUAAGAAACUGCGAUGUGCUAAGUGCGUAAUUUCCAGCAGAGACCUUCUUUUCAGUGUCCUGGCUUUCCCAGUGUCCACAUUUGUGUGUAUAUCCUUUUGGACACUGUAUUCCUACAAUCGAGAGCUGGUUUACCCCAGAAGCCUUGAUAGAGUGAUCCCAUUCUGGUUAAACCACGCUAUGCACACAGCUGUAUUGCCAUUUGCUCUCCUGGAAAUCCUUGCCUUGCCACACCGUUACCCAGCAAAGAGGAAGGGAUUGAUUCUAUUGGGAUUUGUCGCUUUUCUGUAUAUCAGUUGGGUCCUGUGGAUUUAUUCUGUAACAGGAGAGUGGGUAUAUCCUCUCUUUGCUUUGUUCAGCCCACCUGGACUAGCAGCCUUUUUUGCCGGUAGCCUUGCUGUCAUCGUCUCUUUCUACAAUUUUGGAGAGUUCCUCAACCGUAUGAUAUGGGGAGAUUCAAUAGUAAUACUGGACCACAAAUGGAGAAGCAAGUGAAUCCUUCUCUUGAAGCCAAACGAUCUCUCCAUGAAUGCUGAAGCCAUGAAGUAGAGGAAAAUAAAUGCAGCUGUGAUAAAUCCUUUCUCCAAUGCAUUGCAGCUUCUGGUGAAGCCAUUAUGACAUCAGACAUAUGGAAAACUGGUGGAAAAAAUUAAAUGUUUGCCUCUUACAUGAUAACUCUGAAACUGCUAUAAGAAAAUUUUGUUCAUCUGUUUACACAGAUUUCUCAUCUCUUGCACAGUGUACGUGAGGAUGUGUCCAUGGUUAAAACUCAUCAGUGGUAAAUGCACUCCCUCAUGAGCUUGGCACCACUCUGUGAAAGACCUGUGAAAGCAAGCCAACUCUUGUUUGGAUUGCCCUUCAUCAAGUCUGGAAAAAAUUAAGAGGAGAGAUAAUUUUAACAGUGCUGUGACUUCCAAGCUAGCUAGAUAACAAAUUGGGCUAAGAAGGACUGUAAUUAGAAAUGUCUGCUCAGAAA